GCCUACCGCUCGCUAUAGGCCGUCCUCGCAGCAGCCAUCCCGGCUGGCGCAGUCGUAAUGGUCUAAGAAAAGAAGUGCUGCGGCUGAGGGGGGCAGAAACAUCUUAAGGACUUUGACGACAGCCCACCUCGACAUUCGCUCCCUCGCGAGUUGGAUUUCCCCCUUCAAUUGUGUAUCCCUUGAGCGCCUUUAGAUAGUGCGACAUGCUGGCUACACAAUCGCAACCGUCAUUGUCCAGGACAACUUCAAUAUGGCGGCGUCUUUCUCGAAGGGAGAGUCGAUCGAGGACGCCCACCGCUGAGAACACGCCAGCCCCGCAAAGAUUGCAGAAACGCAACAAAGAGGUCGCAACGAUUAUCGAGAAGAAGCAUGCCGCCUCCAGCACGCAGAAGCCUUCUGCUGCAGCGGAGCUCGUUCCAGCAAAGAAAUUGCCCACAACACGAGCAUCACGAUCACGAGCUGUCGCUUCUCAAAUGCAGACCUCAAGCUUUCCAGAUUCACCAUCAGACAUCCACACCGUCCCAUGGAACGUCUUCCUUACCCCCGAUCAAGUUUAUAACUUGUUCAUGGGUUUCAAACCAGAGCAGAUGGAGGACAAGUGGUUCAUAUACUCACAGGGUCCCGACCGGUCGGGGAAGCUGAAAGUUCACUUCCACCGCAGCUGGACCGGCAUGAAGGUCGCCGAGUUGUUCGUCGUGAUUGAUCUCAAGGGCGAAGGGGCGGGCAAGAUUGUCGGCAUCAAAUGGAACGCCACUGAGCAGACUAACGGAUUGGACGGCGAGGAGGCGAAAUACAUGAUUGCUACGACUUGUGCAUGGGUUUUGGGAGUGAACAUGGAGAAUGCUUUGAUAUGAUGGUCACGAAGGUCCGAAUCGAGCAAUUAUGUUAGUUUUCCUGGAGUUGAAGGCGUACUACGGGU